UUCAAAUAGUCCUGGUAGGACAUCACAGUAAUUAAAUUGUGAUUAAAUCAUGCUAAUAAUGCAAUCGGAGAGGAAGAUUAUCACACCCCUCGUGCUUCUCCCGUUCAUAUCCCAUACGUAGCCUGUAAUGGACGCAUCACUGGGUACUAACAAUUUGUGCACAGGACAGUUUACUCACUGGACAUGGACAGGGGUGUGAGAAUCUUUUUCCUGAUUGCACUAUUUGCAUGAUUUAAUGAUGCCUGCCUCCUCCGUGUGAAAGAGCCCAUAGCUUUAUAUACCUGACUACAACAGAGAAAGUAAAACAGCAGCUGUCUCCAAUCUUUUAUUGAGCAUGUAUGAACAGCAAGGCAGAGAGAGAAAGAGGUACCGAAUCUUUGCUGUAGAGCUGAUAUCCACCGACCAGAAUCCCAUCGUGCAAGAGUUUCAGCGUGCUGAACUUUCCUGCAUCAUUGCCACCACCAAGACAGCCAAUCCUAGAAUCGAGUGGAAGAAAAUUGGAAGCAAGGAAACCACCUAUGUGUUUUUUGACAACAAGAUGCAGGGAGACUGGGCAUACCGUGCACAUCUGAACAGCAGAACCUCUCUGGUUAUCGCUAAUGUGACUCGGGCUGAUAAAGGGAUCUAUCGGUGUGAGGUGGUGGCACCUGAAGACACACGGAUUGGAGCAGAGAUCAAUAUCAACCUGACAGUUCAUGUGAAACCAGUGCCCCCAAAGUGCCGUGUGCCCCAAUCUGUGCCAGUGGGUAAAUCAGCCACCCUCCAGUGUCAGGAGAAUGAAGGCUUCCCAGAGCCAACCUACAACUGGUAUCGUAAUGGCGAAGCUUUGCCUCUUGACUCCAAAGCCAGCUCCAAAUUCCAGAACUCUUCCUUCACAGUGAACGCCAAAACAGGCACACUGGUCUUUAGUGAAGUGCAGAAAGGAGACACGGGCCGUUACAGCUGCAGAGCACUGAAUGCCGUUGGUGAUGCCUGGUGUGAAGACUUGGUGAUGGAAGUUUAUGACCUCAACAUUGCUGGGAUUGUUGGAGGAAUUUUGGUGGUACUCUUGGUCUUGUCACUAACCACAGUGGGAAUCUGCUGUGCCUACAGGAAGGGCUUCUUCAUCAACAACAAACAGAAUGGAAACAGCUACAAAACUCCAACAAAACCAGAUGGAGUAAACUAUAUCCGCACAGAUGAAGAGGGUGACUUUAGGCACAAGUCCUCCUUCGUAAUAUGAAAUGGCUGAGAAAAUUUGGAUUUUGCCCACCGGCAAGAAAGGGAGCGUAUGGAAGUACUCCUUCUGGAACUCUUUUUAAGCAAGAGCGGACGAUGAACACUGUGCUUGUGGGGAUGUUUAGAGGAGCAAGCAGACAAAAAACAUGUGCACAUACACACACGUGCACACCUGGGUUUUACUACUCUUUAUGUUUUUUUUUCUUUUAGCCAAAGUUGAGCAGCGAUUUUUAACAACCAAACAGAUGUCUUCUACCCUAAGAAGGUACCCUGUUGAUCACCAUGAUCUUUCCUAAUGGCAUUGAGAAGAUUUCUUUCGUCUUUGGCAGGAGAAAGCAAUUCUGUAAAAGCAUGAAUAACUCCUCCCUGGGACUCUGUUCAUCUUUUCUGCAGAUGGUUGCAGGGUUGCCUCCUGUCGGUAGUUUACAAACCAGGCUAUCUAAACACAAGAGGGAAAAAGUCUUAGAAAUUGAUUUGCUUAUUUUGCCUUCCUUUCUUCCUUCCUUCCUUCCUUCCUUCCUAUGUGUUACAAUGGCAGUAGAAUGAAAGUCUUUCUACAUGGAGCAGGAUUGCACCAUCUGCCAGCAAAAAGCCUGGUAGCCCAUUUGAGAUGGCCAGUGCUUUGCUAACAUAACUAGUCGAGCAGCAACAUUAAAAGCCAGUGACUUAUAAAAGGAAAAGGAAAAAGGACAUAAAACAAUAGGAGAUACUCUUGCCCCCAAGACCUCAGCCUCUUUCUUACCACGGUGCCUGCUUCUUAGCACCAAGCAACACACGACAGUGGCAGGAACAGAGUGGAUAUGUCCUAGAAACAGAGCUUAGAAGAGUCACUUUUUGGAGACUAUGGUCUACAUUUAACUGGUAGUGGCCAUACUGCCUGAGAGACUGUGGGAGCUGUAGUCCAAAUCAGGUAACUUAUCUAAGUCCAUGGAAGGAGACAGGAUAGUUGUCUUCAUUAGAUAUGAGAAGGGAUUUUGCAGGCAAAACUUGACACUGAUGGUCAAGCAGGAUUUAGCCUAGUGUUUGAAUGGCAUUUGAAUUAAAGCUUUUUCUCUGAUCCACCCCCAUUUCUGCCUAUACCCACCAUCACCAUCCUUAUAGUUUUGCCAUCAUUGCACUGCCAUUAACUUAAAAGUAAUUGCUAUGAAAAAAUGCUCCUUCAUAAUUUCAGUUCAGGUCAGUCCCUGGAGAUAAUUCUAGUUUCAGGUUGUAGUUUUAAAAUCUGACAAUAUUCUUCCAUACAUCUGCACAGAACACUAGCAUGUCAGGGCCAAACACUAGGUGAAAACCUUUUAUAACCAGCACGUUUUUAAAAAUGAAAUCUUGACUGUUCAAUAUUAUUAACCCUGCUUUGGGAAUGGGUACAGCAUGAAAACAGGUCAGUGACCUCCCUGAGAUCGAAGCCUUAGAAUUAUGCUGGUAUAAAAGAACAAGUAGGAAAAUUUGGGGGGGAAAUUACUUUUUUGGACUGCAGCUUCUUGAAUCUAUCAGCCAGCAAAGCCUUGCUAGUCAUGCUGGGAGGUCUGAGAGCUGAAGUGCAAAAUAGUAACUUUUCCAAACUCUGGUAGCAAUCCUACUCUCGUACAGGAAGGACAGACUGGGAAUAGGACUGUGCCGUUUGGCUUUUCCUUGGCAUUUAUUUCUCUGUGUGAGGGAGAGAAUGACUGUGAAUUUGGGUGGUGUUAUAUUUUUGUGUUACUCAUUUUUAACAAUUACCUGGUAGGGUAUUCAAACAAAGGACUGUGCCUCCGAUCCAGUUGGUUAGUCCAAACCAGAAUAGACCCAUUGAAUCAAUAGGUAAAUCCAGUUGCGUCAAUGACUCUGGUUGAGACUACAAUAGCAUUUACACCUGUGUCACAUCGCCUCCUUUGUCACCUGCCCAGUGCCACAAAAUGGUUGCAAGUUGGCUGCACCAGUCUUUCCCCUUCUCUCUUCGGUUUUGCAUUCUCCGUAUCAGGGUUCACUUGUCCACAACUUUUAGGAAAUUCCCUUCAGGUAGCAUAGCAAGACACAACAAGACACAGCUACCCUCCUUGCAAUGUCCUAUCAGAUGCCAUUCUAGCAUUUUUCAAGACAGGAGGAUGAUAGUGUUGCUUUCCACUUUCCGUAUCUCUGUCUGCACACAGCAUCUAAUCUGCUUUAAGCACUUACCCAUUGUGUGAGCCUUUCUGUGUCAGUCUAAGCAUCCCAAUGUUUCCCUGGCUGGGCAAUCACAAAAGCCAAAGCCUUCUGAUGGGCAAAAAUUUCCAAUGUGGUAUCAGGACUGAAGGUCGAGCUUUUCUACUGUUCCCGUUCCUUAUUUUAUAGAAUUCUGCAUCCAAAUUUUUUUCCAAAGAUAUAUUUUGAUUACAUUUUUAAAAAGGUGGUUAAUGUUUCUAUUUAAAGUGUAAAUAGGUUGGUAGGCCAAACAGUGUUAAGGAACAAUGCAGCUAUUUUUUUAAAGCAUUUUUAUUUGGUGGUUUUCUGGUGCUGAAUCAAACCAUAUCAGUAUUAACAACACAGAACACAGCAGAACUUUAGAAGUAAGCGUGAAAGUGUUGUUUUCCUUGAUAGGAGGAAUAUAAUGGGGUGGUUUGGAAGGGAGAUAGUUAUUCUGUAGUUUGCAGCAACAAGGAUUUCUAUCUAACAUUUCUGCUCUUUUUGCAGAAGGAUACUGGCCAGGAUCAAAAAGAACAGGACAAGUAGUUUUUGGAAGUUGAGAGGGAUGUCUUUCUGAAAUAUCAGCUCUCUCUGAUGUGUCAUGACAAACUGGUUUUGAAACUGGUCGGAGUUUCAAAGUUUGUGAUAGGGCAUGAUGUUCAAAGAAAAAGCCCCAUCUCUUGUGGUUUACACAACUAUAGUAGCUGUCUCCCCCCUUGGAUGUGCCUUUUGGAUCCUGGCCAAAUGAAAAAAAAAGGACAAACCAAAAAGAAUUGUCCAAUGUGAUUACAUUUUACCAAGUCUACAGCAAAUAACAUUCUUUUCUUUCUCCCCCACUUCCUUUUUAAUCUGCAUUUGCUUUCUUCUUGUGAAAACUAAUGCAAACUAGAGGCUGAUGCAAGAGUGCUUAUAUUAUUAUUAUUUUUAUGUGCAGCUUUUUUCCCCAUUUGGAGUAGCAAUGGCAGCUGUCAACUCAUUCGGUUGUCAGCAGGUCAUUGUGUUGUGUUCCCCCCCCCCCCCAUGUGUGCUUUAUUCUAAAGGUGUUGUGAGGCCAUUCAGUGCAAGGUACCAAGAACAAUUCUUUGCUGUGAUGAGAAGAGAGUGUGGUUCUUUCUUUUUAAAAGCAUAGCAUAUUUUUUCCUCUUUACUUUUUUAGUGAUUGUGGUUUUUCUGCUAUGGAUUUAAUGGUCUUAACUUUGGAUGCAGACAGUAUUUUGUUGUUGUUGUUGCAUUCUGGAUUUUUUUUAACUGUUUGUGUACUCCUUGUCCAUGUUCUGUAUUAAUCUGCCUUUGAAUUUCCAGCAAAUGUUGUCAUCAGGGGGUUUUCUUUUCUUUUUUAAAAAAGAGGGUUUAGAGGAGAUGUCAUUGGUGCAUUUCAUUUCAUUUUUGUGUGGGACGCUCAAUUCCUUUUCUUCUCCUUUCAAGCAAAGGUGGCGGCAAUAAGGGGGGCGGGGAGAUGUAUCAAUGCGUUGCACUGCCACCAUCUUGUUUCAAUUUAACUGUGGCUACCUCUCAUAUGACCAAAGUUGACUCUACCCACUGCCAAAACAUUUUCCUACCUGUAAACCUUAAUUAUGAUUAGAAUCAUUACGUUCAGAAUCAAUACAUCUCCACCUUUUGCCUUA